AUGCCACACAACAUAUUUCAGCUUUACUGUGUUGACCCUCUCUUCUUUGAUGUGCCACCCUUAAUUGGAGUUGGCCUUUUGAGUAGAUGGAUUGACAUCUAUUGGCCCUUGAAUGGAAGAGAGUGCAGAUGGUGGUGGCCUCCUAGGUAUUGCCUCUUGAGUGGAAAAGAGUGCAGUGGUGCAAGUGUUGUUGGUCUUCCACCCAUUAGGCCUUCAAUGUUGAACAUUGCAGAACGAGGGCCCCUAAAGUGUCAUAAUCACUCUUCCAAGAUCCUUGCAUGGCCAUGGUGGUUAGUAGAGAACAACACCAGAUUCAAAGCCAUUAUUGAGCAGUCUGGGCUGUCACAGUUAGCUCGUUUCACUUAUCGGUUCGUCAAGAAGCUUCUAAUCUCCAAUUUUGUUGAGAGAUGGCAACCUGAGACGAACGCAUUUCACACGACAAUUGGUGAGAUGACCUUGACCCUGGAUAAUGUUAGCACUAUUCUUGGCCUUCCUAUUGUAGGCAAAUCAGUCAGCAUACCAGAUGUGACAGAUCAUCAUGGAGUUACACUACUGGUUUAUGGCUUGGGGAUUACUGAACGUGCAGCACAUGAAGAGUGCGCUGCUAGAGCUUAUUUGUUGUUUCUAUUGGGAUGUACACUCUUCAGUGACAAGAGUGGCGACAGGGUUCCCGUUGUUUACCUUGGCUUAUUGAUGGAUUUGGGAUCCAUACAUACUUACGCCUGGGGUGUUGCUGCAUUAGCAUUUUUAUACAGACAGUUGAGGUAUGCUAGCCGGUCUGGGGUUAAGCAGAUUGGUGGCUAUAUGACUCUUUUGGAGGCGUGGAUUUAUGAGCACUUCCGAGUAUUCCGACCUCAUCAGAACAUGGGCUACAAUGAAGACAUGCCACACGUGUACCAUUGGGCAUCUAGGAGAGAGACGGGUUCCUCCAUUGAGCAUUUGAAAUCUUUUCGAGCCGAGCUUGACAGUUUGGUAGCUACUGAUGUUAUUUGGGAUCCAUACCAUAGUUGCAGAGACCGGCAUCCAUGUAACCCUGUUACGUUCUACCAUGGAUGCUUAAAGUGCUUAGACGUUGUUGAACCCUAUCAUCCAGAUAGAGUUUUGAGGCAGUUUGGCAGGGAGGGGAUUCAACAUCCUUCUCGACUUUACCAGGCUAUCGAGAGUAUGACGCAUGUCCUUGAAGGUCAGCACAUUGACGAAGCUGGACCUAGUUCUGCUGGAGGUCGCUUUCCAUCUUCAACAUUGACAUACAGUCGUAGGCCUAGGCGUAGGCAUACAGCUGAUUCGUGA